AUGUUGCUAUGCAAACAACCGGGAGACACAGGCGUGUUUGCAACAGCAACACAGUUCAAUAUUAGAAUUUACCGUUUCUCGUCGUUGACGUCCCAACUGCUGCAGGAAACAAAGGCAACAGCGGAAGCGACCACGGCGGCAGCUGAUGCUCUGCAGACAGAGCUCGACGCCACAGGGAAUGAGUGGGAAGGUGGAGCUGCGUUGGGACCACUGAGCGGAGCGUUUGCACGCACCGCCUCCACGUGCCUGAACGCGUCCUUCGCAGCCGUUACGACAAGGAAAGGGUGGGGCAGGCCGAUUGACGCGUUGUGUGUUGUUCCGUUAUGGCGGUUGCAGGAUGCUGAGAAUUUUAGCGUGGCUGGCAAUGGGGCACAGGGCAUUGGACGACUGUACAUGUCAAGCCUCCAGCGCAAACUAACUGGUGGGCGAAGUGGCGGGGGAGACUACCAUGCCGGUGCGCCACUAAGUCUGUCCUUGAGCUGCGCACAGGGCGAUGCGUUACGGUUCUUGUAUUCCAGCAGAGGUGUAGGGGCCUGGAUCGGCGCAGAGAACGCCUUGUCCGCGCUGUACACCACAUCGACGUUGAGUGGGACGCCGUACGACGCCACGUAUCUUAACAACGGAGCGGAUAUUGUGGCCUCCGGAUGGGACCCAGUCAACGCCGCCGCGCUCGCGAUUGGGAUGCGCAAUGGUGUCGUGCAGCUGCUAGACAUUGAGAGCAGUAACGGGGUGAAGCCUUCCACGUUGCAUUCCUUGAGUGCGGCGGCAGCGGAGGUUUCAAACAGGAGUAGUGAUAUUCAAACUCAACUCGGUACAUUCCCGGUGUACACUAGCGCCUUAACGCGCAAUAAUGCGGAGUGGGUUACGGUCUCGGCGAUGUCUCUCGGUGUGGUUCGGGAGCGCCAGCUGAACGGUGCUUUGACAUCGUUAGAUUGGGCGCCGCAUAGUCACACGACAGUGGUGGCCGCAGAACGCUCAGAUGGCAAUGGACAUUGCGUGGAGGUGAUGGACCUGCGGUCCCCGGAUAAUGACAUUCGCUAUCUUGGUAUGCCGUUUGAGACUACCAGUUCUCCCGCAUCUUCAAUAAACGAAUCAGGUGCUGGCGCUCGUGUCUCCUCUAUUUGCUACGCCGAGUUUGUUGCCUGUGACUACACGGGAACGUAUGUGGCAACGGCCGGAAGUCAAAGUCGUCGGGAUGUGGUGCAGCUAUGGGACCUUCGCAUGACCUCUAGGCCCGUCUGUCAGAAGCUGCACUCCCGCGCUGGGUACACGUCAUUGAGCUGGUGCAUGCUCGAGAUUCCCACCGUCGUCGCGACGACGCGGGGCGGUGGGUUGCGGGUGCAUGCGUUUGGCGACGUUCGUUCGGACUCAGACGACGACGAGGUACCGUUGUCGGGGAGGGGAAGCAAUAGAACCUCUGGGCACUCCUUUUGUGCGCCGUUUUUCUCCUCCUCAAGGCGCACCUUCGAGUCAUUUGAGGACCGCUUCCACCUCCAGCCGCGUGUACCGGCCGCGGCGGUGGCGUGGCUGGGGGACUGCCGCUCCCACGCUCGAGGUUUGGAGGGUGCAAUGGCUGAAGAAAACAGGGUGGGCAAACAGGGUGGUGACCAGGCUGACGACGGUCGUUCCCAACAUGUGGCGGUGGGCGGUUGCACCGACAUGCCCUGCCUUAUUCUGCUCAAUGCAAAGACGGGGGAGCUGUAUUUGCAGGCAUUUUCAUUGGUGGGUUGCAGGACAACGAUGCUUGGUGACUUUUCACUGUGCAGCGCAGGGCCUAAUGUCUUCAUUCUAGACACACGAGUCCCACUCGGACAGCAGCCGGCAGGGAAGCCUGCAGAGCACGAGAGGACAAAUUUUAACAACAACAUCAUGGGCGGCGCGAGCGCCCACAACAACUAUGACUGUGACAGCGAGACGGAAAGGGAUGGCUCGUCUCUUUACAAUUUUGCGGAAAACCAAACAUCAAACGGUUCAGGAAUGAGCUUUCUUGCCACGGCUGCUGUUGCGGGUACAUGGUCGGCGGAUGCCACUCGUGUGGAUCGUCUUUCGCGCCGUCUGGAUCGCCUUCGCGCCGGUUUUUUGCCACAGUCGGACAAAGUCUUUUCGGUACUACUGGAGGAGCAAUGUGACCGUGAGGCGUACGUGCUGUUUCGUUACGGCUGGUACAUGCAGCGAUACCUGCACCCGGGCAGGGCUGCACUGCCGGUGCCGGAUUCCGUCCCUGGGCUGCUGGAGCUGCUGGAGCGCGAGCAGAGUGGCCGUGCGAGUGAGGCAGCGGCAAUCGAGGUGAGCAAUCUCAUUUUGUGUGCGAUGGGGUGGGUGACCGACCCGCGAGAUGAGCAGCUGAUGCUCACGCCUCGUGGUGAUAAUAUUGGUGGGUCCGUGGGGACUGCGGCGAAGCCGCCAGGCCGGCAGGAGUUUUCGUCGGAGGUGCUUCUUGCGAGGUUGCAGCCACAGCUGCAGCAACCGCGCGAGAAGAGCACGACGGUGUCUCCAAAUUCGUGGUCGCAUGUGAGUGGCGAUGAUGUCAUGGAUGCAACGUGUUUGGUUUCGUCUACAUUUCCACGCGAGCCCGCCGCUUCUCCUUCCGUCUCCUUGGACCCUGUCGACCACGUCGGGGUGGUCUCGAUGCAGGAGGCGGUGGAGCGGCGAGUUGCUAUUCUGGUGUGCAUGUACCGCCUCAAAGAGGCCUCGGCGUUGCUGUUGCACUACAACCACCUCCACCCUCUCUACUCGACCUUUGCACUGGUGCUGCUAGCGGCGGCGAGCCACAACGGAAUUCCACCGACGUUGACACUUGACGUCUCUGAAUGCAGUUUUUGGAUGGGAGUUUGCUUUUUCUUUCUGGGGACCUUUCGUACGCCCAUUGCACCCUCGGCCGACCAGGAGCAAAGGGAAAAGGACUGCAGCGCGCGUGGGGGCGGCAGCAACGAGAACGGUGGCAUCAGCGACCUGUAUCGCUUUCCACUUUCCAUGCGUCGUGAGUGUUUUGCCUCGUUGACACGGUGGUUCCCGCAGAUUCCGUUGUCGGACCGCAUUGCCCUUGCCACUCUCCUGCUGCUGGAUCCCGCCCCCACUGCCCCUUCUCACAAGCAAUUCCAGGCUCUCAGCGAGAUACUGCAGGAGAUGCAGCAACAGCAAUUUGAAACGAAUGGGGCGGGGGGUUGCUCGCUGCUCUUGGCGGCCAUCGUUGAGGGACUGGGAGGAAACUGCCCUUCCCUUCAACGGUACGUGGACGAGACGAGUGAUGUGCAGACCCCCGUGGUGUAUGCUGCGCUUUACGGCCAUGGCAAAAGCGCGUCCUGGUGUUUCUGGAACGAUGCGUACCGCAGCCAACUCAACGCGGAAGGUCACGCCAUUCUGCGGAGUCUCCACGAUCUCAGCUGCAAAAAACUGGCACGUCUGCGGGAACAGCGGGAUGAGUUGUCAGUAAAACAUGGCACUGUUGCUCCCCCGCCGCCGCCCCUCGGCCGGCUGGACGGGUUUUCUCCACUGACCGUUGGAAUGAUGGGGGUGCCAUUCAGCGGGCUUGCGGGCGGCGCCGCAGCGGAGGCGAAGGUGGAGCCGAAGCGAACGGAUGAACGGAAUGUUGAGCUGCGCUGCAAGUGCGGGCAGAUCGUUGCAACGUCACCGAUGGAGUUGGCGGUGGGGGCAACAACAAUAGGGCGUCGUCAACAGUCCUUGUGUGGCAGUCCGAACUGCCUAACUCCGAUGUGCGCCGUCUGCGGGGAGAAAAUGUUUGCGCUAGCGAGUGGCUACGACGUCGCGACGUCGUACACCUGGUGCACUGUAUGUCUGCAUGGGGGGCACUGGUCGCACCUGCGUGACUGGUUUGCCAAGCACAAAACGUGUCCGGCAGAAGACUGCCCCUGCCGUUGCUACUGUCCUUCCUUGCCCCCAUGA